AACUUUUAUUAUAGGACCUAUAGAGAUGGACAAGUUGAAGAAAGAGCUAUGGCGUCUCCGACUGAACUGGUUCUUUGUGAUUCUAGUGAGUCCCUUGUUUGCCUUGAGUACUACUGGAAUUUCUUCCUCCUUCCAUCAAUUUGUGACCAACCCAAGAGCUGAGAGCCUGCAUGGAAAUCAAACACACACUAAGAUGGAGCCGGGACUUGGUGAGUCGGAGCUCUUUUACUCUCUUCUCAUAUCUGGCUUCAACCUCGGGUCUGUGAUUGGUGGUAUUGCCAAUGGACUGCUCUCCAAGUGCGUCCCUCAGUGGUACCUAUGGAUGGUCAUGUUGUUGGCACACACAAGUGGCUACCUUAUCUACGCUCUGGCUAGCAAUGGAUGGUUGAUAAUGCUCUCAAAGAUAUUGUCAGGCUAUUUCCUAGGAGCUGAUCUCACUCUUGGCUUCAGCUAUCUGUCGGUGACCAGUGUCCAGUACAUUGAAGUGCAGAAGGAGAGAGGAGUCAAAGUGGGUGAUAAAUCAGCCUUUAAAUUACGGAACACUCUUUUUGCCAUCAAUGGAAUAGCUUUCAGCAUCGGAUAUUUCAUUGGCCCAGGUGCUGCAGUUAUUUUCGCACAGUUUCAGUCGAUAAAUCAAUUUCGAGUGAUUGGCUGGUACAAUGCGGCAUGGGGGGUGGCUCUACUGAUCCUAUUGGUCGUCAUGUUUCGUGGCGAGAGUGGAUGCUCCAAGCCAGUCACAUGCUGUACCGGUAGUCACGGAGACUGGAGAAAAUUGCUUAAUUGCACAUCCAAACCAAUUCGAGUAUUUAUUGUUAUUACAAUGCUAAUCCUACCCAUGGUUGAAAUAGCCAGGUUUGGAGUUUUGGAGACGCUCUUUAAUCCAAUUCUGAGUGAUUCCUUUGGAUUUGACGAAAGAAAUGCCUCUUACAUCUUCCUAGCUUUUGGUCUUCCCCAUAUUGCCGGCUCCAUUCUACUGUACAUUUUAGAGAAGUUGAAAAUGUCAACUCAACUCAUCACUUUCGUUGCUCUGUUACUAUCUGUCGCUGGAUACAUGUUGCUAGGCGACUGGCAGUCCAUUCCAUAUGACCCCUGCACUGAAUACAGUCCAUUCCAUCAUCCUGAGAUUGUGUGGAAUAAUUACCACGAUUCAACUGCCAUGUUUUUAAAUAUCACCCCCUCUCAGUCCACUCUUCAAACAAGUGCUGGGAUUCAGAGUCUCAGAGUCUUUUCCAAUCACUCCUACUCUAUAGCCAGGGACCAGUGUAUGACAGCUAACAUUACAGGACAUGUUUGCCACUGGAUACCCUCUUCAAUAAUACUCAAGACAGAGUGCGAGGAUUGUCCUGCCAUCUGUCGCAGUCUCAACCAGAUACUCACAUUUCCACAGUUCCUGCUUGGCCUGGGGCUACUGCUAUUGUCUAACUCAUUGCUCUGGGUGUCACUGGUUGCAUUACUCUUCAAUCAGCUUCCAGAGGAGCUCCAGGGCAUAAUCAUGGGGAUUAGGUCAGCUCUGAAUGGAUUUGUCAGAACAGUGGCACCACUGAUAUUUGAUGCUGCUUAUGAAGGUGCUCUAAAGAGGACGUUUCCAAUAAUGGCUGUGCUAGCUGCACUGCACUUACCUUUCUUUGUAGAGAUCCUUGUUCUGUAUCGUCAGCUGGGACCAAUGACUCAGCAAGAAAAAAUCAAGGUGGACAAAGACAAUGAAUAUUCUGAAACUGAAGCAUUGCUUUAUCAGUAAUUGAUUAUAAUUAUACCCUGUUUGUUUACAUGCAAAUGAAAGCCUGUCAA